AUUAUAGAAUAUAGAUAAGACUGUUGAGGGUCGAAAAAACGUAAUUUCUUAAGUACCGGUGUAGCGGCGUGUGCGAGUCGGAAGUCGAUACUUCACAAUAUUAUUUCAUGUGCUUUAUGGUUGACAGUCGAGUACUCGACGGACUGUGUUUGGUUCAAUAAUUUUGUUCUGCCUGUUUUUAGUAUUGACUUUGUUCCGUUUUUUUGUACUUACAUAGUAAUCAUUUACAGUUGUAUACAUUAUACAGUCUUUAUUCCGUACCUUGCUCUCCCUUAAAACGCUAUGUACAUCGAAAGGGGGAAACCCGAAGAAAUCCCUAAAGGGGCUAUACGUCUCACGAGAGACGAGGUCCAGGAGUACAUGACCGACCUGAUACACAAAUGGCCAAACACAAUGGAAUUAUGGGCACUAAAACACGGUAAUCCAAUUCUAUCGUCAGCCGUGGUGAUAUCAAGUACAGUCAUUUUAAAUUUUUACCGCAAAAAACUACAACUAAGGAAUUAUGGACGUUUUACUUUGUUCUUACCAAUUGUUCUCGUCCCAUCAAUUUUUAAUCAAAUCUAUCAAAACUCAAUGACUACUAAAUCAAUCAUUUUACAAGAAGAUUGUCCUAUGUGCAUCAGUACACAGUCAAUGUUCAUACAAUUAGGUACAGGAAUUGUUUAUCCUCUGAUGAGCACAAUUGGUGGAACUUAUAUGUUUGCCGACAAAAUGAAUACAAUUAGUUUUAAAAGCAAAAGACCUGAGAUUGUUAAAGAAUUUGCUUUGCACGCCAUGAAAAUAAGUCGUCCUCUAUACAACAGACUUACUGCAUUUGUUAUUGGUCAUGUCUUAUUAAGUUAUAUGAUUAGUCAUUAUCAAAUGGAUAAUUUUGAAUUUUUAAGGAUUAAAAUGUUACAACAACAAAAUGAAGAAAUAGAAACAUUACGUCUAAGUAAACAAAUUAGUUAUAAAUAAUGAUCUACUAUGUCACUGAUAAAGUAAUUUAAUUGUAACUACUAAUUAGAAUAUUAAAAUAUGUAGAUUGUUUUAGCUUAUAAAACAGUGUUUUAUGCUCUUAAUAUAACCACAAUAUUACAAUUAGUUUUCAUUCUUAUGUGGUUAAUUGUUCAUUAUCGUGUAAGGCAUGUAACUAUAACAUACUAAAUAGUUGGUUACCGGUUAGAUUAUAUAAUAUAUAAUAUUAAUUAUUUGGUCUAAA